AUGCCAGAGGGCAGCCCGGGGGGUGCCCUGGUCGGCGUCCACAGCGCCCUCGCCAACACGCUCGCCGCCGCGCUGCUGGAGCGCCGCGCGCUGCCGCAGCUCGGGGAGUACACCUCCAUACAGCGAGAGGUCGCGCUCCCUCAGCUGCAGCCGGCGGCAGAGCCGGGCAGCGCCGCCAAGCGCGGCAAAGCCGCCCCGGCCAGCCGCGUCGACUUUGUCUUGACGCGUCCGAACGGCGGCAAAGUGUAUCUAGAGGUCAAAUCUGUGACCCUGGCAGAGCCCUUUGAGCCAGAUCACGCGCACGGCCUCACGGGCGCGGCUGCUGCGGCCGCCGCCGCCGCCGCGGCGGCGGCAAAGGCGGGGACCGCCAAGCGCGGGCGCAAGCGGGCGGCGGCUGGGGAGGGCGGCGGCGCGGCGGACGGCGCGGCUGUGAAGGCGUCUGGGGCCACGGAGGCGGCGGCGGCGGCGCCGGGGGAGACGCGGGGGCGAAUCGCUCUGUUCCCUGACACAGUCAGCGAAAGGGCUCAGCGCCAUGUCCGGAAGCGCCCCGCCUGA